GUUUCAUGAAGACGCGUGUGAUGAUAGAUAAUGUGGCUCGUUCUUCUGGCUGUCGCUGCUUCUCUUGUGAUCUUUGGCUUUGGUCUUCUGCGUGUUGCUGUGAAUCUGACAGAACUGUGGAGAAUGAUGAUGAGGAGGAGGAGGAUCUCAUGGGUCAGAGGUUUCUGGAGAUCUCACAUGACAACAGCUCAACUCAAGUAUUGACUGGGAGGAGCGUCAGCAGCGACGUCACCAGGCUGGGUGUUCCUCUCGAUGAGCUGCAGAGGGCGCCAGCGUGCAGCAGUCCUUUACCCUGCCUGAAACCCACAAACACACACACAGUGAUGAUUCGGACUCUUGAGAGCCGGUGGGUUUUAAUAAAUCAAGCCUUGAGGAGAUCAUUCAGGUCAUGUGAGGAUUUAAAGGAUGCCAUAUUGAAAUAUAAUGCAGCUCAAGCGAAGUGUUGGGACUUUACAGCGCUGGACUUAUACUGCAAGGUAAAACACACGAGCGCUCAAUAGUGAAAGACUGAAUCACAGUUCAUAUCUCGCCUCUCACCCUCACCACUCAUCAGUCACUAAACAGG